CUGGGUCGCUCGUGUAAGGAGGACACUCUCGUUCCCCGGCUUCCUCUGAAGGACAUGAGUUGAAAGUAUGGUUUCCAUCACACAGAGGAGCAGAAGCUGUGUGCUGCUUCCUACUCACUCGGUCAUCCCACCUCGGCCUUUGUUUCUCUUCGCCGUGGUAACCACUUUGGUUUGGCCUGUUGGUGCUGUCACUGACCUGAAAGACAAAUCCACGUCCGCCGCGAUGCCUCUCACUGACCAAACUCCUCACAGAGCUGCCCACCAAACCUCAACCAAAUCAGUCUCUCAUCCUGUCAGUCACGCCUGUCUUCUUCAACAAAUAAAACACUUUCCCAAGUCACGACCUGACCUCUGCAAACAUUUAACCCUUAAAACCGUAGCGUCUCCUCCACAAAAGCACCUGCGGUCUCAUCUGUCCAAAGCCCCCCUGCCUCCUCAUUCAGCCAAGCCUCCCAAACCUCGAUCUGCCACCUCAUCUUUACUCUCAAAACACUCACCACUGUCUAAUUCAUCACUAGAGCUUCUAACAUCAUCGUUUCUCAAGACAGUCGAGACAAAACCUUCGCCCGUUCCCCUUCUCAAACCCUCCACGGAUCGAACGAGCGCACGCCAACCCGGACUGCUUCAAUCUCUUCCACAGACCGUGGCUCCGCUGUUUGAGCACCAUCCUUUCAUUGUGACUUGGAACAUCCCUGAUCUGGUGUGCAACAAAUACAACAUCUCAUUGGACACCUCGCUUUUUAAGGGAGUGGCCACACCUGCUAAGGUUCCAGGCCAGUUUCUGUCUCUGUUCUACUUAGACCGCCUGGGUUUUUACCCACAUGUAGACCUCGCUCGCGGGAAACAGUUCUAUGGUGGCGUCCCUCAGAAAGGCAACCUGAAGGCCAGCGUGAACAAGGCCAGAGCAGAUAUCAACUACUACAUCCCGUCAAAGACAACUCCAGGCCUAGCCGUGAUAGACUGGGAGGAAUGGCGCCCUCUGUGGGACAGAAACUGGGGCAGCAAGAGAAUCUACCAGACUUUAUCUGUGGCCCGUGUAUUGAAGUCAAAUGGCUCCCUCACUCUGCAGCAGGCCACAGAACAAGCCAAGCAGCAGUUCCAGCUGGCAGCCAGAGGGUUGAUGUCAGGGAUGUUGGCAGUGGGCAGAGAUAUGAGACCUAACUAUCUCUGGGGCUUCUACCUGUUCCCCAGCUGCUACAACUACGGCUGGAUGGAGCCACACUACACAGGCCGCUGCUCCAAGGAGGUGAGGAGGCAGAAUGAUGAGCUACUGUGGCUGUGGGAGUCCAGCACUGCCCUCUACCCCUCUGUAUAUCUGCAGGUCUCUUUGGCAGACAAUCCACGAGCUGCUCUGAUGGUGAGAAAUCGUGUCCGGGAAGCUCUGAGAGUGUCAACCCUGCCAAGACGAGGUGGCUCGGCGCCUGUGUUUGUUUACACACGACCUGUCUUUGUUGAUCAAAACAGACGCUUCCUCAGCCAGGGGGACUUGGUGCACACCGUUGGGGAGAGUGCUGCUGUGGGAGCGGCUGGUGCUGUGCUGUGGGGGGCCAGCGCCGACUACGAUGACCAGGCCUCUUGCAAGGCUCUCUCGUCCUACCUCUCCUCCACCCUCAACCCUUACAUCGCCAACGUCUCCAUGGCCGCCCAGCUCUGCAGCAACUUCCUGUGUCGGGGGAACGGCCGCUGCGUCCGCAAAAACUACAAUUCCAGUCACUACCUUCACCUUAACCCUGACAGUUUCAGGCUCAUGCGCGUUCAGGGACGCUACCUCGUGCUCGGGAGACCGACCUUUGCGGACCUGAAAACACUGAGGAGGCGCUUUACCUGCCAGUGCUACAAGGGGACGGACUGCACACCCAGGACGCACAGAGAGCUCAUCAAGGCCUUGAUGUACAGUGUGAAGAAAGGGUUCCACCAAAAAGUCCGCUCGCUGAAUAAAGCGGAUAACGUGGAGAUGAAGGUUUAGCGAGAGACACAACACUGGUCUCUGAACUCGUUGUGGAUUUGCAUCUUUCCCACUUGGUUGAUUUGCAUUUUCCACUGACACAAAAUAACAAUCCAACCCUCGUGAAGACCAGGCGACUAGAUGAUGUGUUCAUCGAUUACAUCGCAACUACACAUGUCAGGGAAAUUUAAAGGACUCAGGAACCGUCGUUAUAUUUAUAUAAAGACUUCACACUGUGACCUGUUGCAUACUUUUGCCUGAAAACUGAAGUAAACCCCUCAUCUCCAAUGAACGUUGGGGAAACGACCAAUAGAAUCUGUGCUUCAUGUUAUUCUCAGUGGACAUUUGUAUAUAAUUUGACUGUAUGUAAAUAAAU